UGUGCUCAGGUUACUUCCUCAAAUAGAGCGAAGAUAACAAUAUCUAGCUAGUGCAAUAACUAGCUAGUGCUAGUUGUGAAGACUCACCAAUACCGGAGGCAGGGGGCCGGCUGGGAGCAAGUCAAAGGCUCACUCGGCCUCGCGGUGCCCAGCUGGGGAAUCUGACCUUCGCGGAGCCGAGAACCGAGAGGGAGCCGUCCGACUGUCGCCGGCGGAAUAGUCCCAGCCUGUUCGCUCUCUUUCCAGUUGCUUGCCGUCGCGAUUGAUUUUAAGUUGACACAAGGACCGGGUCGGUGCGAUCUGGACUCUCGACCCAAGCCUCGGAGGAAACCGAAACCUCCGGGCUCAGCUAACAGCGGCUGAGAGCGCACGCUCGCUCGCUCGCCCCGGGCGCGCCCAGCCCGCGCGCCGCCCGCGCCCGCCCCCGGGAUUCUAGUAAGUUUCGAUUCUCCCCAGAGCGGAGUCCCGCGCCGCCGCGGCCAGGCCAGCGCAGGGAGCCAUGGCUGACCCGGGGGUGUGCUGCUUCAUCACCAAAAUCCUGUGCACCCACGGGGGCCGUAUGGCCCUGGAGGACCUGCUGCAAAAGGUGCAGCUCCCCGAGGCGCAGCUCUGCGAGGUGCUGACAACCGCCGGGCCCGACCGCUUCGUGCUGUUGGAGACCGGCGGCAAGGCGGGGGUCACCCGGUCCGUGGUGGCCACCACUCGAGUCCGGGUCUGCCGUCGCAAGUACUGCGACAGACAGUGCGGCAACCUGCACCUCUGCAAGCUCAACCUGUUGGGCCGGUGCCACUAUUCGCAGUCGGAGCGGAAUUUAUGCAAAUAUUCUCACGAGGUUCUCUCAGACGAGAACUUCAGAGUCCUGAACAAUCAUGAGCUCUCUGGACUGAACAAAGAGGAAUUAGCCGUGCUCCUUGUCCAAAGUGACCCCUUUUUUUUGCCAGAGAUAUGCAAAAAUUAUAAGGGAGAGGGUGGAAGGCAGAUUUGUAACCAGCAGCCACCGUGUGAAAGGCUCCAUGUCUGUGAACACUUUACCCGAGGGAACUGCAGUUAUUCCAACUGCUUCCGGUCCCACAACCUGAUGGACAGAAAGGUCCUGGCCGUCAUGAGGGAACACGGGCUCAGUUCAAGCGUCGUCCAGAAUAUCCAGGACAUCUGCAACAGCAGACACCGCCGAAAGAAACCCUCCGGGGCUAGAGCUCCUUCCUCCCAUCAUAGAGACAGAGGGAGAAGCAAGAGCAGGGAGCGAUUAUGCCAGGACAGUGUCGAAUUUCUUCCACCUGCUUCGGCUGCUGCUCGGGUGUCCCGCACACCCAGUCCAGACCCUGCCGGCCGCCAGUCCUCCCCAGACGAUGGCCUUGUCGAGCAUCUUGCCACCAAGUUCAAGGGCUUGGGAAGCCAUGAUUGCCCUCAGCCUUCCUCUGUCUCGUCUGCGGCCACCAGCCAGGGAGGAACAGGUCCAGUGGGAGGAAGCCAGAGUUUUUUAGAGAAUGGCAGCCCAGAGUCUCUUUUGUUGGUGAAUUGCGGAGGUUCUAUUUUCAGUUUGGCUUCAACCCCAGCUCCCAACUGGAAGGGCCCCACCUCCUGGCAGAACAACAAGGACCCCAGUAGAGAGAGUUCGUUUUCUCCUAAUCAAGCCGUCACCUUCUCUCCUCUCGGUUCUCCCCAAACGCCCCAAGCCACGACCACCAGCAAGAGCCCGACUCUCUUUUCCUCGGACUUCGUGAACCUCGAGGGCAGAAGUGGGAAUCAAGAUGGCCAGCCUUUCCAGCUUUUUCAUAAUAACGUUGAUGCAAUGGCCACAGAUGUCGCUUCCAGGAAAUCUUUAAGCUACAAAAGCGCAGCUAGCAGACAGAGAGAAAAGUCAUUACCUAGAAGCCCGGACGCGGGCACUGCUCACAGUCAUCUCCAGCCGGCUGGCAAAGUGGCAGAAGAUGCAGCUGCGGCGGCCUUUGGUAACGGUUCUGCACCUGACGCCAGGAGUACUGCAUCUUCCAUGAUGGAUGACCACGGCUCAAAUGAAAUUUGUCUUGACCAUCUGGAUAAGGGUUGUCAGCUUGAGACCUGCAGCAAAGUUCACUUCCACCUGCCCUACCGGUGGCAGAUGCUCAGUGCGAACACCUGGAUGGACCUCUCGCUCAUGGAGAAUGUCGAGGAGGCCUUUUGUGACCCCAAAGUCUCCGUCCUUUCUAUUGGAAAUUAUAAACUCAAUUUCCAGGAGAUGACUUGUGAUUAUAAUCCCAUCCGACGCCUCUCCACGCCUUCAUCUGUCACGAAGCCGCCCGGUACUGUCUUCACCACGAAAUGGGUUUGGUACUGGAAGAGCGGACCUGACACAUGGGUUCGAUAUGGGGAGAAGAAAGACAAUCAAAUUUCAAACAUUGACUCUGCGUACCUGGAGUCUUUCUUUCUAUCCUGUCCGAGGGGAAUCGUGCCAUUUCAAGCAGGCUCACAAAACUUCGAGCUGAGUUUCCCAGGAAUGAUUCAGACAAACAUAGCUUCCAAGGUGCAAAAGGAUGUCGUCAGAAGGCCGACCUUUGUGUCCCACUGGGAUGUGAAGCAGAUGAAACGGGGAAUGGGCCCUCCCCAGGUGCAGCCACAAUUAGAGCCUCCAGCCCCGACAUUCCUUCCUCAGUGGGACACACACUUCUCAGCCUCGAGUGGCUACAAGUUGCUCGAGAUCCAUAACGACACUCCGGAAUAUGUCAAAGUAAGUGAGCUCUUUAAAGAGUCCAUGAAAAACUUCAAGAUCGACAAGAUAAAGAAGAUCCAGAACACGAAGCUCUUGAAUGCUUUUGAAAGGAAGAAGCACGAGGUGAAAGUUGAAACAAUCCUCUUUUGUGUAAAGAGACGCGCCGACGUGGAGUCUAUCUGUGCGAAUAACUUUGACUCACAUGGAACGCAUGACACCAAAUAUGGAAAAGGAAUUUACUUCACAAAAGAUGCCAUCAGUUCUCAUAAAAGUUGCCCGUAUGAUUCCAAAAACGUGGCCAUGUUCGUAGUCCGAGUCCUCGUCGGAAAUUUUAUUGAAGGACGUCCGUAUUUCACGAGCCCUCCUCUGGGAUUCAACAGCUGUGUGGACACAAGGUUGAAUCCCUCCGUUUUUGUCAUCUUUCAAAAAGAUCAGAUUUACCCAGAAUAUCUGAUCGAAUAUACCGAAACAGACAAACCCUGCGUGAUCAGUUAGACAUGAUGGGCAGAGCAUCACGGAGACCGUAACCCUUCUGUCCACUUACAGAGCCAGAUCGCCCCCAAUCAUGGUUUCAACUUUUACAUUUUCUCGACUGAAUGCCUUAGAGGAGGGAUUCCCAAACUUGGCCGCACAUUUAAAUCAUCUGGGAUGCUCUAAAAAUUUCCAGGGUCCGGACGGCACCCCAUUCCUGCUACAUCACCUUUUCUGGGGGUGGGAGGCUGGGAGAAGAUUGAAAUGUGUCAUCAAGUUUGGGAAUCACUGCCUGAGAUGGAACGGGUAGAGACUGAUUUCUAAUACUCCUGUAAUUGCAACAACCUUUCUCUCCCAACUGCUCCUUUAAUUUACCGCCUGGCAGGGUUUUGUUUUGGUUGAAUCGAAAGAAAAUUAAUUUGAGAAAUUUGAGAGAAAGUUAAACAGGCCUACUGAGAUCAUGACAUAAGACAGUACAGCCUUGGAUGGAAGACUGAAAAGUUGGGGGGAAGUACUUAGAAAUAUACGGGGCGGGCGGGACGGGGAAUGUAAGGAUAAUUUAAAUGUUAGUACAGACAUAACUGCAGUACUGUACCUUAUCUUUGUGAUGAAACUGACUUGGGAGCAUGCAUUUCUUUAUCUCUACGUUUAUUUAGGACGCUCCAGAGGUUGACGCUGGAAUGCAAUAGAAAUUGCCGCUCUGGGUGGCUCAGAGGGAAGCAACCAACUGGAGUUAACUGCCCGUUGGGGCUCUUUAUAUAACUAUAGCAAAAUAGACAGAUUCUAAUUAAUUUGAUUACAGAGAAGACUUCUUUUCAGGUCAGACUUUCAUGAAGUGUUGGGGGGGGGGGGUGGAGACCGAGUUGCAGUAACCAGAUUCACACAAACAUACCUGAUAAAUCCGAGUGCUGUUGUAGUUGUUCGCUGUAGCUUUGGAGGCUCACCAAGAAACUUAGGAGCAGGGUCAUCCGACAGAAGGAUGAGCCCCCUAAGGGGUGAGCACAGAAUUAGCACGAAGAGAACAUGCCCCGUACAAGCCUUGCACCUGUGAGGGGCUUCUUUUUCUAAAUAUAACGGAUUGUGUGGGAUUGUAGCACAGUCAGUUUUUAGAGCAGUUGAGGUGCCUGGACCAAGAGUUUCUUUCUUAUUAUGAAUCAUGUUUUUCCUUCCAGUUUUCCUUUUCAACAUUCCAUACCCAAAAUUUCCUGUUGUAGUUCCUCCAACAGACAUGUCAUCAAAGUCAAUCAGGGAGUUCCUGCUGUGGCGCAGUGGGUUCAUGAUGGGCCUUGUUUCCGUGGAGGCACCGGUUUGAUUCCUAGCCCAGUGGGUGAACGAUCCAGCAUUGCUGCCGCCGUGGCACACAUAAGUCACAGACGCCCCUUGGAUUUGAUCUCUGGCUCGGAAACUUCCCGAUGCCAUAGGUGCAGCUGAAAAUGGAAAAAAAAAUUAAGUAGCAUUCAUUAGAGUUGAUUGUACAUUAAGUUUUAGAUUAGUGGAAAGAUCUCUACAACUCCUUGGCCUUAAAGGGCUCCAAGAGUAGCAAAUAUAUAGGCAUUUUUAGGGUAGGGUCAUUUUUCUAAGAGGCUUGCCACAGAGCGUCUCAUUCACUUAUUUUCUUCCUGGUAGCUUCUGUUUUGGAGUUUUCACUUCCUGAUCUCCACCCUCACCUUGUAGAGAUGCGAUGUCUCUUCUUGACGGCCCAUUGGACAUCUUUAACUGGAUAUUUCACACGUAUCUCUAAUUCAGUGUGUCCAGAAUGGAGCGCUCCAUCUGCCUCCUUCAAACCCAUCAGUUCUUCCCCAGAAAAACAUCUGCUCGAGCAGAGGUCAUCCCCAACGCCUCUCUCUCCCUCCCCCCGCACCUCUGAGCCGUUCCCAUGUCCCAUUUUCCUUCCUAAACCCCUCUUUGUCUCCUAUUCAGGGGUCUUAGCAAGAAUGAAUUUUCUUUUUACUUCAUAAUAGCCUUUCAAAACACACAUCUGAUCAUGCCUUUUUUUUUUUAAUUUUUUAUUUUUAUUUUUUUUGUCUUUUUAGGGCCACACCUGUGGCAUAUGGAGAUUCCCAGGCUAGGGGUCGAAUUGGGGCUGUAGCUGCCGGCCUACGCCACAGCCACAGCCAUGCCAGAUCCAAGCCGUGUCUGCGAUCUACACCACAGCUCACGGCAACGCCAGAUCCUUAACCCACUGACCGAAGUCACAGAUGGAACCCACCCCCUCGUGGUUCCUAGUGGGAUUCGUUUCCACUGCGCCACGACGGGAAUGCCUGAUGAAGUCUUUAGAAUAAAGUUCACGGUCAUCACCAUGGCCCCACAUGCUCCCUUCUUUCCCCAUCCCCUCAUUUAUUUUCUGUCCAAUCACUCUGGCUUUCUUCCUUUCAACUCUUUGGCGCCCCUGUUCACCUCGCUCAGUGGUUCUCAACCAGCACUCCUGCCUUCUUUUUUUUCAAACGACAGAUACUUCGUAACAUCCGCUUCAUUAUCCUCAAAAUGCCACUCAGUGGUAAGAUACUCUACCUGCACACAAUUUUGGAAGUAAAUUUAAAAUCAAAUAAAAUUAAUAUCAACACAAAAGGGAAUGAAAAGUCCAUAACUUGGGCAGGACUCUACCAGAGAACCUCACUAAGUCGUCAGAAUAAAGCAUAAAUCUACUCAUACAGAAUAAAUCUGAACUUAGAAGAAGGUAGGAGAUCAGACGCUGUUUUGUAUAAAGAAGUAUGGGGAGAUGAAAAAGCAGGGGUGCGAGAGGACAUUAGAAGAAAAACUAGUGACACAACCAGUCAUUUGCAUGGCAUAAUGCUUAUUUCUGUAGGAGAAAGAACAAAGCAACCUUAACUGAAAUGAGGAUACUGUACAAGAAAAUCUACAGAUUGUCGAGAUGGAGAAAAUAGUAUAGUUUUGCAGACGAGCUGUAGGUCAUACAUGAAUGUCUGGUGAGACAUUCAAACUUCGUAUAGGGUGCAGAGCAAUUCCUUAUCUUGAGGAGAUGUCCAGUGUAUUGCGAGAUACUCAGCAUCCUUGGCGCUCACACACUAAAUGCGCCCGCCUCCCCCCCCCCAUCAUGGUGGCAACCACAACCCUGUCAGAUCUAUUCACCUUUUUCCGAGCAGGUAUUUUGUAACAUCUCCUUGGCUGUGCUGAGAUGAUUCAUCAAUAUUACAAUCUUUAUGAAUUUCUUAGGAAAUCAAUUUAGUGUCCUAUUAUAAUGGAGAAACAGAAGAAAAGAAAUUUGUAAUAAACUAAGUAUCAACAUGUAAAUGCUCUGGCAUAACUACGCUAUAUGACAUCAUGAAAUAGACAUUUAUUCCUAGUUAUAGUGAAUAGGUUUGGAUUUAAGAGUCGGUCAGAGGCUACUGCCUAUAACAAAGUACAGGAAAAGGAAAGAGUAGAGUUAGAAUGACACCAGAAUGAAAAUUAGUCUUGGAGUAAGAAAUCUUACCUGUAUGUAGUAAGGGCAAGAGCGAAGUUACCUUGAUUGAAAGAAGAAUAAAAGGACAGAUUAGAGAUUGUCUAAGAGGAAAAAGUGAAUUACAUUCUCACAGGCGAGCUGUAGGUCCUACAUAAGUGUCCAUUAGGACAUUAGAAAGUCGUAUAAGGUACAGGAUAACUCUUCGUUGUGUGGGACUAACCCAUACACUGCAGGACAUCUGUUAUCCUGGCAGCACCCACUCAAUGCCCGUAAAAGUCCGCAAUUAUGAAAACAACAACCCACCAAUUUCCAAAAUAGAAGGGAGAGGACCACUGCCUUAGUUAAGCCCUAGCAUCUUUAGAUUAGCUUGUUACCUCCCUAAGGAGUCCUUCUAUAGAUAACUUUGGAUGCUUGCCUCCCAGAUCCCCAGUUUUAAAAAUACUUUGCGACUCGCUUUGUUUGUUUUUAGCAUCUAUCCAACUCGGUGUUGUCUGUUUUCCUCAUUAGAAUGUGAGUUCCCUAAGAGUCAGCCUGUCUUGUUCACUGUGCCACCCCCGAUAGCCAGCUGAGUGCUUGAUACGCUGAUACAUUGGAUGAAUGUUGUUCAAUAAAGCUCAACUUUCUAUAAUUCAGUAGUGGAAUUGUAUUCUUGUUCUAAUGCAAGUUCAAUGUGUGAUUACCUAAUAAAAGAAAAUAAGUAUUAA